AUGGAUCCACGGUAUGAUAGUGCUCUGAUUGGAAUUCUUCAAAAUGAGGGCAGUCUGGAAAAGUAUCUUGAGGUCAUGUUUGGAUUCCUAAUGCGAAGGACUGAUUUCUUUUAUGAGCAUAAGCCCGGGAAAAAUUUAGGCUUUCCCCCCGGAUACGCUUUGAAAAUGGUGCUUAAGGCUUUUGACAAAUACGAUACAAUCUUUAGGAGAUACCAGGAGGAGCAAACAAAGCAGGAAUCAUCGGUUCAAGAAGCCGCUGCAAAUGAACCUACUUCUAGUUUGGAGAAUACAGAACGGCAGACAAUUUCAUCGGAUUCUAGGCCGACUUCUAAGGCCGACCUAAACGAUAAGGCCUCAAAAUCUGAAGUUAAAACGGAGAAAUCUGGUUCUGGUUCUUACUUCAAAAAAGACGAAAACGGCGAAAGAAUUUACGAAGCUGACCCUGACUGCUAUAAUGGUGCUCGACGUGAUUUGUACUCAUGGAGUCAAAAAAUUCUCGAAAUAGAUAUCCAUGUGAAAAUACCAGAAAGGAUUAAAACUGCUCGCCAGCUCAAUGUCAAAAUCAAUCGCAAGCACAUUUUAAUUGCGGAGAAGGGUUCCACAGAACCUAUACUCGAUCUUGACCUCUUCAAAGAAAUCAAAACCGAAUCGGCGCAGUGGUCUUUUGAAGUUGAUGAACACUUGCUGACAUUGUCGUUGGACAAGGUGGAUGAGUACUGGUGGGAGGCGGCAUUUGUGGGAGAGGAGAAAAUCAACGUGCAGGAGAUCGAUUGUUCCCGUCCUAUCCACGAGCUGGACGAGGAGGCACAGGGCAAAAUCGCCCAACUGAUCUUCGAUCAGGAGCAGAAGCGCCGCGGCCUUCCCACUACUGAGGAACAGCGCAUUCAAGAUAUACUAAAAGACGCCUGGAACAAGGACGGUUCUCCCUUCAAAGGACAGCCGUUUGACCCCAGCAGCAUCUCGGUGGAGUCCUCGAGCCAACUUCCAACAAAGAAGCCUUAA